AUGACAUCCAUCAUACAAUCAUCACUCGCCGUUAACAACUUUAUUCGUUAUGAGAAUGAACAUGCUAAAGACCGGAUCACAAGCAUGACAGACUCACAGCAUGAAAAAGUUGAACAAAAUUUCGAUCCUUACAUUCCUUCAAAUACAAUGAUGAAUCCACGUGAUGCAGAUACCCCAGAUAAUUGGAUUCCACGCCAUCCUGAACUUAUAAGAUUGACAGGUAGACAUCCACUUAAUUGUGAGCCGCCAUUAUCGCUUUUAAUGAAGGAUGGAUUUAUAACACAAACUUCUCUACAUUAUGUGAGAAAUCAUGGUCCCGUACCAAAACUUAGUUGGGAUACGCAUCGUUUGGUGGUUGACGG